AUGGUUAUAAAAUACCGCCGCCCGACGAGCGCCUCGCGCGUGGGCCAAGACAUGCGAAAUACGUGGUCGCACGUCGUCGGCAACCUCAGCCCAAUUGCCGCCUUUGCCCGCCGGACCCUGUGUCAGGCUACCUCCACGCCAUCGAGCAGACGCAGCUACGGAGAUGACAUCGCGUCGAUGGCGUGGGGCGCCCGAGAUUUGACUUCCACACAGGCCGGACCUGCCGCCGCGCGACGGGCCGACGGCGACGACGACGGAGAACGGCGAGAAGGCGCCGCCGCCGCUGCCGCCGCGCGGAGCUGUCGCAAAGUCUCCGUCGCACGCCUCGCCGUACGCGGGGCUCGGGAAGUGA